AUGUCGGCUAUUAACAUUACGGCAAUCCAGACACCUAUAGACUAUUCUGAUACUGGCCCUGGUGCAGUCAUUGCCUGCAGUAUCCUUUCGGUUUUUACUACCACCAUAGUUGUCUUGCGGUUUCUGGCGAAACGAUUGACGCGUCAGACACUGGGGGCCGAUGACUGGACGUGCCUUGCCGCGCUCUUAAUACAUCACGCUCUCAUGAUAGCUUCUUGUGUGGCGGUAGUUCAAGGUGGCAUGGGGCGAGACGCGAGGAUAACUGUCCCGGAAAACCCACACUCAGCUGUCAUCUUGUUCCAGUGCCUUUUUGUUGCAGAGGUUACAUACACAUACAGCUCCCCCCUGAUCAAGAUCUCUGUCCUGGCCUUUUACUGGCGCAUAUUCCCAACAGCCGGGAUGAAGCUCGGGUGCAAAAUCAUCGGUGCCAUGUGUAUUGCGUGGUGUGUCGCCGUCACCAUUGUGGACUUCAUUCAGUGCCGCCCUCUCGAGGCGUUCUGGUACUUCGAACUCCGGACACGACCGACAACAAAAUGUGUCGAUACCGUUCUUCACUUCCUGGCAAACUCGAUCGCCAAUACGUUCAUAAACUUUCUAACGCUGAGCUUGCCUAUAUAUGAGGUCUGGAAGCUGCACACCUCGACAGAGCGCAAGUUCAAGAUCGCUUUCAUUUUCCUUCUGGGUGGAAUAGCCUUCGCUGCCAGCCUGGUUCGCACGGCCACCACCAACGUUAUUUGGAGAGAGGGCCUCAGCAAUUUCACUAAGCAAUUCAUGGUCACAGGUAUAGCGACCGUUAUCGAGAUCUACGUGGCCAUUAUUGGUGCCUGCACGCCCACGCUUAUGCCAUUCUACCGCAAGCUGCGAUACGGCGAAUACACCACGAGUCAGACCGGCGUAUGUUCUUCUAAGCACGCCCUAGGAAUCAGUGUGAGCGGCGGGAUUGUGUCUGGGAAACGGCUGUCCAAGAACGGGCCCAAGCUUAGCGAGAGCACGGGCUCCUUUCUGCGACUGGAAGAGGAGGCACGCGUGGGCCAAAGCACUCACGACGACGGCUUUGGUUAUCCACACAAUGAGAGCUACCAACUAGAUUUU